AUGUAUGUGAAAUGCUUUGAUACAGUAAUGUUUUACUAUGUGAUUUUAGUGUAUUUAGUGAAUGUCACUUUUUGACAAUUUUAAAUUUCCCGCCAGUUCCGUCCCCAUACGUCCUGACGUCGCAGGGGACGGAACCCAGAAGACAGAUGCCGGCAUCGGCCAGAGGACAUUGCCGGGGACGCUGCAGGGGGGGCAUCGCAGGACAAGGUAAGUGAAGAAGAGAUCCCAAAGCAACUCUGCAAGGUAUUCCCGAGUGUAGCUCGGGGUUACCGCUUGUGCUACACUCAGGAAUACCGCCAGGGAGGUUA